GAUGGAUCUCCCUGCCGAAACUCGGUGCCAUCCGGGACAGUUGGAGUCCCCGGUCAAACACCAUGUUGCCCUCCUUGCUCCCUUUCCUCACGGAAUUUAAUCUAGGGUGUUUAGUGACCAAAAUAAACCUCUUAAAGCCCCCAAACACUGUUGAAGACUGACAGCUUAAGCUGACAGUCGCCUCUAGAGAGACUUCUCCUGUAAUGGCGCCUGCGUCAGUCACUAACAUGGCGGACAUAGUCGUGCGCGGCGCAAACGUCAGCAGCUCUACCCCAGACGCUCAGAAACAGCGGAGGAGAGCGGGGCCGUGCUCACUGAUUGGUUCAGAGGCGGAGCGUGCCGGACUGGGCGCUCCCACAGGAGCCAAUCAGGACGGCUAGAGACGGAAUUGGCCGCUGCGCCUCCUCCCGAGGCAUGCUGGGAGCCUGGAGGACUAGUGAGGAGGAGUUGAGAGAACGGAGCGGACGCCAUGGCGACCAACAUCGAGCAGAUUUUUAGGUCUUUCGUGGUCAGUAAAUUCCGGGAAAUUCAACAGGAGCUUUCAAGUGGAAGGAGUGAAGGCCAGCUCAAUGGUGAAACAAAUACACCUAUUGAAGGAAACCAGGCAGGUGAUGCAGCUGCUUCUGCCAGGAGCCUACCAAAUGAAGAAAUAGUUCAGAAGAUAGAGGAAGUACUUUCUGGGGUCUUAGAUACGGAACUACGAUAUAAGCCAGACUUGAAGGAGGCUUCCAGAAAAAGUAGAUGUGUGUCUGUACAAACAGAUCCUACUGAUGAAAUACCUACCAAAAAGUCGAAGAAACAUAAAAAGCACAAAAAUAAAAAGAAGAAAAAGAAGAAAGAAAAGGAAAAAAAGUAUAAAAGACAGCCAGAAGAAUCUGAAUCAAAGCCGAAAUCACAUCAUGAUGGGAACGUAGAUUUAGAAUCAGAUUCCUUUUUGAAGUUUGAUUCUGAACCUUCAGAAAUGGCACUGGAGCAUCCUGUAAGAGCGUUCGGCCUAUCUGACACCAGUGAGUCUCCUGCACUUGUGCUAGAACCUCCUGUAGUAUCUAUGGAGGUAUUAGAGCCACACACCUUAGAAAUUCUGAAGCCAGCUACAAAAACUGCAGAACUGUCAGUUGCAUCUACAUCAGUAGUUUCAGUGCAGUCAGAGCAGUCUGUAGCAGUAAUGCUGGAACCAUCCACGACAAAGAUUCUGGAUUCCUUUGCAACAGCACCAGUGCCUACUACAACAGUAGUGCUAAAGUCAUCUGAGCCGGUUGUGACAAUGUCAGUGGAGUGUCAGGUGAAGCCUGGGCUGAAAUCUUUGGAGAGCACACCUCCAGAGCCAUCAAAGAUCAUGUUGUUAGAGCCUCCAGUAGCAAAAGUGCUAGAGCCAUCAGAAACCCUUGUGUCAUCAGAGACACCUACUCAGGUGCACCCUGAGCCAAGCACAUCAACAACAAUGGAUUUUCCAGAGUCAUCGGCAACUGAAGUGCUAAGAUUGCCAGAGCAGCCUGUAGAAGUACCAUCGGAGAUUGCAGAUUCAUCCAUGACAAGACCGCAGGAGAUGCUGGAGCUGCCCAAGACCACAGCGUUGGAGCUGCAGGAGUCGUCGGUGGCCUCAGCGAUGGAGUUGCCGGGGCCACCUGCGACCUCCAUGCUGGAGUUGCAGGGGCCCCCUGUGACUCCAGUGCUGGAGUUACCUGGGCCCUCUGCUACCCCGGUGCCAGAGUUGCCAGGGCCCCUUUCUACCCCAGUGCCUGAGUUGCUAGGGCCCCCUGCGACAGCAGUGCCUGAGUUGCCGGGGCCCUCUGUGACGUCAGUGCCACAGUUGUCGCAGGAAUUGCCAGGGCUUCCAGCACCAUCCAUGGGGUUGGAGCCACCACAGGAGGUACCAGAGCCACCUGUGAUGGCACAGGAGUUGCCAGGGCUGCCUGUGGUGACAGCAGCAGUAGAGCUGCCAGGGCAGCCUGUGGUUACAGUAGCAAUGGAGUUGACCGAACAACCUGUGACGACGACAGAGUUGGAGCAGCCUGUGGGGAUGACAACGGUGGAACAUCCUGGGCAGCCUGAGGUGACGACGGCAACAGGGUUGCUGGGGCAGCCUGAGGCAGCAAUGGUGCUGGAGUUGCCAGGACAGCCAGUGGCAACGACAGCGCUGGAGUUGCCAGGGCAGUCUUCGGUGACUGGGGUGCCAGAGUUGCCAGGGCUGCCUUCGGCAACUAGGGCACUGGAGUUGUCGGGGCAGCCUGUGGCAACUGGGGCACUGGAGUUGCCUGGGCAGCUCAUGGCAGCUGGGGCACUGGAGUUCUCGGGGCAGUCUGGGGCAGCUGGAGCACUGGAGCUUUUGGGGCAGCCUUUGGCAACAGGGGUGCUGGAGUUGCCAGGGCAGCCUGGGGCGCCAGAGUUGCCUGGGCAGCCUGUGGCAACUGUGGCGCUGGAGAUCUCUGUUCAGUCUGUGGUGACAACAACGGAGCUGUCAACGAUGACCGUGUCGCAGUCCCUGGAGGUGCCCUCGACGACAGCGCUGGAGUCGUAUAAUACGGUAGCACAGGAGCUGCCUACUACAUUAGUGGGGGAGACUUCUGUAACAGUAGGAGUGGAUCCCUUGAUGGCCCAAGAAUCCCAUAUGUUAGCUUCUAACACCAUGGAGACCCAUAUGUUAGCAUCCAACACCAUGGACUCCCAAAUGCUAGCGUCCAACACCAUGGACUCCCAGAUGCUAGCGUCCAACACCAUGGACUCCCAGAUGUUAGCCUCUAGCACCAUGGACUCCCAGAUGUUAGCAACCAGCUCCAUGGACUCCCAGAUGUUAGCAACCAGCUCCAUGGACUCCCAGAUGUUAGCAACCAGCUCCAUGGACUCCCAGAUGUUAGCAACCAGCACCAUGGACUCCCAGAUGUUAGCAACCAGCUCCAUGGACUCCCAGAUGUUAGCCACUAGCUCUAUGGAUUCCCAGAUGUUAGCAUCUGGUACUAUGGACUCUCAGAUGUUAGCUUCCGGCACCAUGGAUGCUCAGAUGUUAGCGUCUGGUACCAUGGAUGCUCAGAUGUUAGCAUCUAGUACCCAAGAUUCUGCUAUGUUGGGUUCAAAAUCUCCUGAUCCCUACAGGUUAGCUCAGGAUCCUUACAGGUUAGCUCAAGAUCCCUAUAGGUUAGGUCAUGACCCUUAUAGGCUAGGUCAUGAUGCCUACAGGUUAGGGCAAGACCCCUAUAGAUUAGGCCAUGAUCCCUACAGACUAACUCCUGAUCCCUAUAGGAUGUCACCUAGACCCUAUAGGAUAGCACCCAGGUCCUAUAGAAUAGCUCCCAGGCCAUAUAGGUUAGCACCUAGACCCCUGAUGUUAGCAUCUAGACGUUCUAUGAUGAUGUCCUAUGCUGCAGAACGUUCCAUGAUGUCAUCUUACGAACGCUCUAUGAUGUCUUAUGAGCGGUCUAUGAUGUCCCCUAUGGCUGAACGCUCUAUGAUGUCAGCCUAUGAGCGCUCUAUGAUGUCAGCUUAUGAGCGCUCUAUGAUGUCCCCUAUGGCUGAGCGCUCUAUGAUGUCAGCUUAUGAACGCUCUAUGAUGUCAGCUUAUGAGCGCUCCAUGAUGUCCCCGAUGGCUGACCGAUCUAUGAUGUCCAUGGGUGCUGACCGGUCUAUGAUGUCUUCAUACUCUGCUGCUGACCGGUCUAUGAUGUCAUCGUACUCUGCAGCUGAUCGAUCUAUGAUGUCAUCUUAUACUGCUGAUCGUUCAAUGAUGUCUAUGGCAGCUGAUUCUUACACCGAUUCUUACACUGAUACAUAUACGGAGGCAUAUAUGGUGCCACCUUUGCCUCCUGAAGAGCCUCCAACAAUGCCACCAUUGCCACCUGAAGAGCCACCAAUGACACCGCCAUUGCCUCCUGAGGAACCACCAGAGGGUCCAGCAUUACCCACUGAGCAGUCAGCAUUAACAGCUGAAAAUACUUGGCCUACUGAGGUGCCAGCAUUACCUCCUGAAGAGUCUGUGUCGCUGCCUGAACCUCCUGUGAGUCAAAGUGAGAUUUCAGAGCCUUCAGCAGUGCUUGCUAAUUAUUCAGCGUCAGCAUCAGAGCCUUCAAUGUUAGCAUCAGAGGCUUCCAUGACUGUUCCAGAACCACCACUGGAGCCAGAGUCUUUGGUCACAUCAACACCUGUAGAGUCUGCUGCUGUAGCAGAAGAGCAUGAAAUUAUUCCAGAAAGACCAGUGACUUAUAUGGUGUCGGAAACUCCCACAACAUCAGGUGAACCGACUGUGUUAACAUCAGAGCCUUCUGUUAUGUCAGAGGCAGCAGAAACUUUUGAUUCCAUGAGGGCUUCAGGACAUGUUGCCUCAGAGGUAUCUAUGUCCCUGCUGGAGGCAGCAGUACCUAUUCCAGAGCCAUCCCAGAGCACUGUAGAUCUGCCAGCCAUGGCUGUCUCAGAGCUACCAGCUGUGGCUGUCCCAGAGCAACCAGCUGUGGCUGUCCCAGAGCAACCAGCUGGAACUGUCUCAGAGCCACCAGCCAUGGCUGUUCCAGAGCCACAGGCUGAGGCUGUGCCAGACCCAGCGGCUGUGGCUGUCCAGGACCCACUGGCUGAGGCUGUCCCAGAGCCCCUGGCCUUGUCUGAGCCAGAGCAUAUUACCGUUCCUGUGCCAGUUGUUUCUGCCCUGGAGCCUACUGUGCCUGUCCUGGAACCAGCGGUGUCAGUCUUUCAACCUAACGUGAUUGUUUCAGAACCAUCUAUUUGUGUCCAAGAAUCUACUGUGACAAUUUCAGAGCCUCCUGUCACUCUCUCAGAGCAGACUCAAGUAAUACCCACUGAGAUGGUUUUAGAGUCUACACCAAUGAUACUGGAGUCUAACGUUAUAAAAGGAAUGAAUUUACUGUCUGGCGAUCAAAAUCUUGCUCCAGAGAUUAGCAUGCAGGAGAUUCCCAUGCAUUCAGACGAAGAGCCACAUGCUGAAGGACACCUGAAGAAUGAUUCUUAUGAAACUGAAAGUGGUAUGAAUAUAGACCUUAAUAUAAAUAAUCACUUAAUUGCUAAAGAGAUGGAACAUAACACAGUGUCUGCUGCCAGCACUGGUGCUGUUGGUGAAACUGGUGAAGAGAAGAUUUUGCCCACCAAUGAGACUAAACAAUGCACAGUAUUGGAUACCUGUCCUACUGUUAGUGAAACUGAUGUAGGAGGGACUCUGUCUUCUACUGGUUCCCUUGCUCUUGAACCUGAUGCACUGGGAACUGGUAAGGGUCUUGAAUUUGCCACAGCAUCUGCUUUCAGUUCAAUUAGUAAAUAUGAUGUUGAAGUAUCGUUAACUACUCAAGAUACUGAACAUGACAUGGUAAUUUCCACCAGCCCCAGUGGUGGUAGUGAAGCUGACAUAGAGGGACCUUUACCUGCUAAAGACAUUCAUCCUGAUAUACCAGCUAAUAAUAACUUUGUCAGUAAGGAUGCAGAAGGAUCAUUACCUAUACAGGAGAGUGACCAGACAUUAGCAGUGGCUCUCAGUCCUAAAGAAAGUAGUGGAGAAGAUAAAGAAGUACCUCUCCCUACUAAAGAGAUACUGUCUGAUUCAGGAUUUUCUGCCAACAUUGAUGAUAUUAAUGAAGCUGAUUUAGUGAGACCAUUACUUCCUAAGGACAUGGAACGUCUUACAAGCCUUAGAGCUGGUAUUGAAGGACCUUUACUUGCAAGUGAAGUUGAACGGGAUAAAUCUGCUGCCAGUCCAGUUGUAAUUAGUAUACCAGAAAGAGCUUCAGAGUCGUCUUCAGAGGAAAAAGAUGAUUAUGAAAUUUUUGUAAAAGUUAAGGACACACAUGAAAAAAGCAAGAAAAAUAAGAACCGUGACAAAGGUGAGAAAGAGAAGAAAAGGGACUCUUCGUUAAGAUCUCGAAGUAAGCGUUCCAAGUCUUCUGAACACAAAUCGCGAAAGCGCACCAGUGAAUCUCGUUCUAGGGCAAGGAAGAGAUCAUCGAAGUCCAAGUCUCAUCGCUCUCAAACACGUUCACGGUCACGAUCAAGACGCAGAAGGAGGAGCAGCAGGUCAAGAUCAAAGUCUAGAGGAAGGCGAUCUGUAUCAAAAGAGAAGCGCAAAAGAUCGCCAAAGCACAGAUCCAAGUCCAGGGAAAGAAAAAGAAAAAGGUCAAGCUCCAGGGAUAACCGGAAAACAGGUAGAGCUCGGAGUCGCACCCCAAGCCGUCGGAGCCGGAGUCACACUCCGAGUCGUCGAAGAAGAUCUAGAUCUGGGGGAAGAAGGAGCUUCAGCAUCUCCCCGAGCCGACGGAGCCGCACCCCCAGCAGAAGGAGUCGCACCCCGAGCCGAAGGAGUCGCACCCCGAGCCGACGGAGCCGCACCCCGAGCCGACGGAGCCGCACCCCGAGCCGACGGAGCCGCACCCCGAGCCGUCGGAGAAGAUCAAGAUCUGUGGUAAGAAGACGAAGCUUCAGUAUAUCACCAGUCAGAUUAAGGCGAUCACGAACACCCUUGAGAAGAAGGUUUAGCAGGUCUCCCAUCCGCCGUAAACGAUCCAGGUCUUCUGAAAGAGGCAGAUCACCUAAACGUCUGACGGAUCUGAAUAAGGCUCAGUUACUUGAAAUAGCCAAAGCUAAUGCAGCUGCCAUGUGUGCUAAGGCUGGUGUUCCUUUACCGCCAAACCUAAAGCCUGCACCUCCACCUUCAAUAGAAGAGAAAGUUGCUAAAAAAUCAGGAGGAGCUACUAUAGAAGAACUAACUGAGUUUUAGAAGCCAAACUGACUGAGGAGUGGGACGGUUCGUUUGAAUGGAGGAGGUGUUGAGUGAGCAACACGCAGAAGCUCGCCUACAGUUUCGUUUCCAUUCACGACGUGUUCACUGAUCGCCACGAGUGUACUGCAUAUACGCAAAGACACAGACAAUCUUCAGAAAUGAUCUUUUGCCACCGGAGCUUGGAAAUUAAUGAGAAUAGCUGGCCAUUGCCUGAAAGGAACUUCUUUCGCAUCAACAUUUCGGGUUUUGGCUGUUUGGUACCAGCCAUUGGUGAUAAUGGCCGGCCAUUAUCAGUUCUUCCUGCGGUUCGGGUUUUGGCAGUAACAUAUAUAUUUUAAACACACUUAUUUUUGUUUUUAAGAAUUUGAUCUUUUAAAUUGAGGCUUUUUUUUUUGUCUUUUGGCUUUAUUUUAUUAAAAAAUUUUUUUUUUGGAGGACGCUGAAAUAUUGCUGCUAGGAUCCAGAAAUACCACAUUGUUUCAGAUAUUGAAACUUGUUAUUGGCUAGCCUUAUGCCAGCCUGCCACUGUCAAUAUAUUCUGUUCCCCUUGGUUACAAGCUUGGUAUAUUCUGUGUUUUUGGCUAUAUGAGCUUUUUAUCCUAUUAAAGUAUUUUCAGUUGAUAAGGGAUAUGACAGAUUCUACUGCUAGUAUAGAGACAUGUCCACCCAAAUUUACUCUGACCUUUUUAUAAAGCCAGGUAAUGGAGUCGGUUCCUUUGCUUCUCAAGGCGGAAUUGACUUUGCUUUAUGUGUCAGACCUCAUCAAUUGCACCCUCCCCAUCAUGCCUUAUAUUCCAUUCUUGAGUUCUGUUCCUUUAGAGACUCAACCUACAAAACAUUUAUGGAAAGACAUGCUAUCAUCUAACCCAGUUGCAAAUGUUUGAGAUUUUAUUUAGCCAUACAUUUGGGGAUCAUAUAGUUUCUUAAUCUGUUUCCUUACUUAGAUUUAUUACAAUUUUUUUUUUAAGUUUAAGGACCUAGUGAAGGCUUCUGUUGCUUGCUUAUCAAAUCCAAGCUCCUUAUCCAAAACCUUGUGAACACUUAGUGUUUCCCUAUAUAUUUUAGCCUCAUCUUCAGCCCUCUGUCCCUUCUAAUAAGUUUUUUCUCACCUCUUUACCACUACCUGACUAGGGUGACUUUCUUUUCCUUUCCCUGCUAAUCCUUGUUCGUAACUAUGAAAAUCUGGCUUAGAACUCUGCGAGGAAUAUUCCUUGAUUAUCAGAUUCUGCCUGAUUCUGUUCUCUUAAGCUUUUGUUCUUUGAGCACUUAUGUACUCAGUUUGUAUUAUAUCAGUUUGCACUUGUUAAUUGUGUUGCUCUGUAAAAGCGUUCCUCAAUUAUCUCAUGUGUAUGUAUUCCGUCUAUUGAACUAGAUUGUAAGCUCCUUGAGAGCAGGGACCAUGUCUUUUACUUUAUUUUUUUUGUAUUCCCUGGACAGUGCCCAGUACAGUGCUCUGCACAUAGUAGGUGCUCAAUAAAUGUUGUUAACUGAC